AUGAAGAAGAAGAAGAAACACAGAAGAAAAUACUUAUCGUCGGAGUUGCAGAGGGUGGAGGCCGACGCAGGUGGACGAGUAGCAGAGGAAGUCACUGACGAGGGGUGGAGGACAAAGUGUGGCAAGGAAAUGACGAUGGUGCUCGUCUCCCUUGAACGACAGAGCACUGAUGGAGGCGUAAGAAGGUUGUAUUUUGGGGAUAUGUCGAAUUCGAGUCGGAGUAGGCUACGGAAGGACAGAUUUUACAGCCCGCCUGCGAUGAGAAGGUACAAUCAGCAACAGCAACAACAACAGCAGCGGCAGCAGGAACAGCAAGCAGAACACCCAAAACAUCAAGCAAAGAAGGAGAAAUCGGAGUAUUCGGUGAGUCGGGGUAGUAGUAGUACUCUACCGAUGACUAAUUUGGACCGAUUCAUGAAGCAUACCACACCAAUUGUUACUGCCCAGCAUUUCCCUAAGAGCAGCAUGAAGGGAUGGAGGAAUGAUGAAGACGAUUAUCACCCAUACUUUUUGCUUGGUGAUCUUUGGGAAUCUUUUAAGGAAUGGAGUGCAUAUGGAGUUGGAGUUCCUCUUGCGUUAAAUGAACGAGACUCUGUUGUUCAAUACUAUGCACCAUCUUUAUCAGCCAUUCAACUGUAUGUUGAUCCUGCAUCAUCUACAACCACCAUAAGACGACCAGGGGAGGAUAGUGACUGUGAGUCAUCUAGAACAACUAGCAGUGAUGAGAGCUAUGAAGCGGCUGCCCGAGGACCCCGGGCAGCUGAAAAUGUUGAUUCUGCUGCCCGGAGUUUGAAUAAACUCAUGCUUAGAGAUGAUUUGUUUGAAUACUUUGAACGUGCAUCACCCUUUCAACGUGCUCCUUUGGCAACCAAGAUAUCAGAUCUUGAAUCCAUAUUUCCAGAACUGAAUACAUACAGGAGCUGUGAUCUGACUCAGUCAAGUUGGCUUUCUGUCGCUUGGUAUCCAAUAUAUAGAAUACCCGUUGGUCCAUCUCUCCAAAAUGUGGAUACAAGUUUCUUGACUUACCAUUCCUUGUCAACGCCAUUAAAAAGUACAAACGGUUCAUUGACAGCUAGGCAGGUUCAUGAAGGCCAAAUGCCAUGUCAGCUUUCGUUACCGAUUUUUGGGCUCUCUGUCUACAAGUUCAAGAAUUCUGACUGGACCAUAAAUGGGGCCCAUGGGACUGAAAAAAUCAACUCACUCAUUCACUCAACCGAGAAUUGGCUCCGAAAUUUGGAUGUAUAUCACCCUGAUUACGAGUUUUUUAAAAACCACUAAAAACCGUAUAAAUUGAUUGAUAUGGUAAGUUUGAAUGUUAUACUAGAUUUCUUUGUUUUUGUUAAGGUUUCGUUGAAUGAUGAAACUUUUUGUAUUCGGUUUGCUAGAGGCUUGUACAGACUUGAUUGUAACUAAUGUGUUUUUUUUCUAAAGUAGAAACUAAUUGAGAUUUAUGUUAUGAGUUU